AGUCUACCACUUGCCUCAUUUCGGAUUUUGCCCUUGAUCUUUCAUGCCACUUAUUCUUAUCCCCGCCCAUACAAAUUCCCACAGAAAGAAGCUUGUGCUUCAAGGAUAAAUAGGUUGCGGAUUCCCGAAAUUCUGAGAGUAGGUCUCAAGAAACAGCAAUUCUCUCCAAUGCCUACACAAACGCUUCCUGAAUUGAUCUUUCGAUACUUUCCCUCAUUUAUCAUAUACAGUUUGAUCUUUUUCAACGCCUACCAGUACUAUGUUGCUUAUGAGGACUGCAGUCUCGGCAAUCGCCUUAUCUUUACCAAUCUUGGCUGUUGGAUCGCCAUCGCUUUCUUCUAUCAAAGGCCAGCCUCUACCAGACCGGUGGCACCAAAUUAAUCUUGCCGAUGAGAAUGGUAUCGAGUAUCCUGAGUAUGCUCAGUCCCUCCUAAUGGACCCAACUGGCAAUAUCACCGAAGUUGAUCUUGAGACGCGUCGUCCGGCAGAUGUCUGUACCUAUAUCAUGACGGCAAGUGCCUGUCUCAACAUUGCAAGCUAUGCGGUCGGUUGGGCAAAGUCAAUGGGACAGAUAAUCAAGGACCUCUCGGAUAGCCAUAACUGUGGUGUUAUUGAUGGUACCUAUCGGGAUAUCAGAUACGAGUUUUAUGCGACAGGCCGCCACUGCGACACGACUUCCCAACAGAAAACCAUUGCCGGUGCGAUCAACAAAUACAUCCACAAGGUUGACAAUGGACGCCUCUGUCAUACUGAAUGUUUGCGCAUUACGCAUGGUGGCACCUAUGCUGGAUGGCUGAAGGUCGGCCCCAAGAACAGCUUCAAAGCAAAUGCCUACUGUGGUGUCCACUUGAACUUUGAUCAUUGCAUCUCCGGCGGCAACAACGAUAUCUAAGCUACUCUUUGGGCUUCUAUACUUCUACUGGCUUUGCUGCUCACCUAUCAGGGUGCCUUUCCACGGUUGCAUUGGUGAAUGGAAGUAUAUUUGACGGAUGGUGGUGUGGUUGGGGGAAAUCCUGGUGGACUCUUUCUGUAUUUAGCUUUGAAUCAGUAGUGAAAGAUGCACAUUCAGCAUAGGCAUGAAUUAAGGAUUCUAUAUACUGUGAUUUAUUUUGGAAGUGUGGUGAUAAUUUGGUUUUAACCAGUCAUCCUG